AACAAGUCAAGGGGUCUGAAUGCUUCAUAUAUAUGGUAUAUCUCUAUGUGUAGGAUCCUGUCAUGAGGCACCUAUACAGCCUCAGAGGGGUGUGUUGUGUACCUAUUGAGGAGGUGGUGUUGGGUUCACUGACCAGGCCACAACACAGCACACUAGGGGGCUCAAUUGUCCAACUUCAAGCCACACCCAACCAGUGUCAAGAUAGGUGGACAUCCUAUCCAUGUAUCUUGGCAGUAUAUCCAUAAUCUUUGGUUUCCUAGGAUGUUGCAUCAAGGUGGUCACUGGUCAUGGAGGCUCGUUUGAGACAUUCAUCCCUCCCUCUGGGAUUGUGUUUGGGACCCUUACACUUUGAAGUGGUGCCAGCGUGGUGUGGUCGUUGUGACGCCUGAGUGUACAGGUCCUGCCUCCAUCUCAGGUCCAGCCAGACACACCUGCUGGCCCAAGCCUCAGAAUACCAAGAAGUGCCGUCGCGGAGGUGGCACUGGAGGAGGAGGUGGUGGAGUGGGAGGUGGUGGUUCACUGCCGGCCCGUCUGGGCUUCAGGCAGACCAGAGUUCCAACCAGAUGCCAUGUUGUCCCCCGGGAAGGGCCACAGGGGAGAGGGGACCCCCAGGGCCGAGAGGAGAGAGGGGACUUCCAGGUGUACCUGGAGUGACAGGGGAUGUUGGACUCAUGAGACCUCCUGGACUGGAUGGAAUGGCUGGAGCUACUGGACUGGAAGGAGAUAAAGGUGAGAAAGGAGAUCAAGGAAACAUGGGUCUGCCUGGUGCUCCGGGGCUACUUGGGAGACAAGGGGAGAAAGGUCUACUCCAGAAGCGAGAACGACAGCAUCUUCACCUUCUUCCUGCUCUAUGCCGACCCCAAGGCCUGACCUACGACUUCGUCUGUAAACCGGGCUUGACCUCUGCAUGAGCUUUAUCUGACAACUUAUGCUGACUGGAUCGCCUCCAAACUCUUUUCACUACUCUGAUGAAUCAUCUAUUUCAAUAUAGCUACUGCUGCUAACUUUGUUCCUGCUUAUUGCUAUCAAAAUAAUCUGACCAAAUGCUUGCUCUAUUUUGAUGGUAAAGGCUGUAACACUGUAUCCAGUGGUUCCCAAACAGUGGGAAAACUUUUCAGUGUAAACUUAAAUGACUUAAACCAAAUAGAAUGUAUGUUUAAAAGAUAAUGGACCUAUAUAUUUUUCAAUAAUAGCCUAUAAUUUUUGAGAAUUUACAAUCAAGAAAAUAGCGCUAGACAAUCAGGCCCCCAUUGAUUUAGUUAAAAUGCUUGAACAUAAGAACACCAGCCAUGUCAAAAUUUGGAAAUUAGCUUAAAAACAGAAAACAAAAUAUCUCAGCUCCGUGGCAAAACGCAUAGAAUUGCAGGGAAUUGACUUUAAAAUUGCAAAAUGUUCUUUCAGCUCCAUGGCAGGAUGUGUGGAAUUGCAGGAGAGUAGCUUUGAAACUGCUUCAUUUUCUUAUCUAGAUGCCAAGAUAAUAUUUGUUACUUAUUCUUUGGUCUGUGUAUGUUUUUUCUUUUUUAACAGCUCAACCCUUAUGUUGGGUCACGACUCAAAAGACACCUCAAUCGGUGGGUCAGUUUGGGAACCCCUGCUUUAUACAACGCUUACAGUUUCUAUCAAUGCAAUAAAACACUGCUAAUGCUUGAA